AUGCUUGAAGAGCACAGCCCAAUUUCCUCCUUUGGAAUGGAGGUGCCUUCUGUGAGUCCAAAGCUAUUUUGGUCAUUUCUGCUUCAUACAACUCUCUUCUUGUGUCUGAUCCAACGGUCCAGAUUUGCCCGCGUCCCAACCAACGAAACCGAUCGACUGGCUCUGCUUGCCUUCAAGGACCGAAUAACCAAAGAUCCUCUCAACGCCAUGAGCUCAUGGAACGAUUCUCUUCAUUUCUGCAAUUGGCGCGGAAUCAGGUGCAGUGUCAGCGAUCAGAGGGUCACCGUCCUCAACUUAACGUCCCUCAAAUUGGAAGGCUCCAUUCCUCCCCAAGUAGGUAACCUCACCUUCCUCAACGUAAUCCACCUCGGAGGCAACAGCUUCCACGGCGAAAUCCCACAAGAAAUAGGACACCUCUUCCGUCUUCAGCUUCUCGAUCUCAGUUACAAUUCGUUGGUAGGAAAAAUCCCAUCCAAUCUGACCUACUGUUCGGACCUCCAAGUUAUCGAUUUAAAUUUCAAUGAACUCGUAGUUGAGAUUCCUGUCCAGCUUAGCUCUUUAUCCAAUCUCCGUCGAUUGUCUCUUCAUGUCAACCAUCUCGUCGGAAGAAUCCCACCUUGGCUAGGAAACCUUUCAUCUCUCACUCAGUUUUCAUUAUCAAGAAAUAACUUACAGGGAAACAUCCCAGGUGAUUUAGGCCGCAUCCCGAAUUUAAUAGCGCUCCAGAUAUCUCAAAAUAAUCUGUCUGGCACAAUCCCUUUCUCUAUUUACAAUCUCUCGACGCUACUUCUAUUCUCAAUCACAGUGAAUCGGCUUCACAGCACACUUCCUCCUGACUUAGGCAUCCGUCUUCCUAAUCUCCAGUUGUUUUAUGUGUCGGCAAACCUGUUCACCGGUUCGAUUCCUGUUUCACUAGCCAAUGCUUCAUUGCUUGAAGAUAUCUAUUUCACCAACAACGAUUUUACUGGAAGUGUGCCUAUGGAUAUUGGGACUCUUCAAUAUCUUCUUAUAUUCUCUAUUGGCGGUAACCGACUUGGAACAGGGAAAGAAGACGACUUGAAAUUCAUCGAUUCGCUUACCAAUUGCAGCUACUUGGAACAAUUUGGAUUUCAUAACAAUAGUUUCAAAGGCAUGCUGCCUAAUUCCAUAGCCAAUUUAUCGACCCGGCUCCAUUGGCUAGCGAUGGGAUUCAACCACCUGUAUGGAAGGAUCCCUGAAGGAAUCAGAAAAUCUCGUCAGCUUAACCCAAUUGAAUCUGGAUCAUAA